GUCUCCAGUCUGAGGUGUCCUCAGGUCUCCAGUCUAUGGUGUCCUCCGUCUCCAGUCUGAGGUGUCCUCAGGUCUCCAGUCUGAGGUGUCCUCAGUCUCCAGUCUGUGUGUCCUCAGGUGGUCAGGGAGCAUUCCACAGUCUGGGAGCCGCUGAGCAGAAAGCUCGAUCUCCCAUAGUACGGAGCUUUGUCGGGAGUUUUCAGAGAUACCCUGAGGCAGAUCGGAGGGUCCGGGUAGAGGUCUGUGGGAUCCCCAGUGAGGAGCGCAUUGCAGUAGUCCAGCCUGGAGGAGACAAAAGCGUGGACAAGCUUUUCCGCAUCAGCUGGAGUGAGUGUGGGACGAGUUUAGCGAUGUUCCUGAGGUGGAGAAGGAGGUCUUGCAGAGAUGUUUUAUGUGAGCCUCAAAGGCCAGAUGAGAGUCCAUUUAGCACCCAGGCAGGUGGUCAGAGUGGAGGAUGGCAGGGCAGCAGCGGGGGUCGGGUGAGUCCUGAGGUAGAGUUGAGUGUCAUCAGCAUAGCAGUGGAACGAGAUUCCAUGUCGGCUGAUGACAGGGCCAAGGGGGAGCAUUACCUGAGCCUGCUGGAGCUGCUGGAGUCGGUGGACUGCAUGGUGAAGAACGCCCCCUACAGGAAGUUCAGGCCGGACGCCCCCGUCCACCAAAACGCCAAAACCUGGUGGAGGUACGCCUGUAACAGCGUCCUGGAAGUGCAGAUCCGGCGCUCCAUCCAAAUGUGGUGCUGGUCCAACAUCAGGCAGCACCGAGAGAACCUGAAGGCCUACAGGACGAAACACAUCCAGGAUCUGGAGAAAGUUCUGGACGUCUUCAACAUCACUCUGACCCGCCAGCAGGCCCAGAUGGAGGUGAUCCGGUCGGGACAGAAGGUGGUGAAGAAGAAGGGAGGAGGGGGGGGAGGGGGGUUCUUCAGUGGCUUCUUCGGUAAAAAGACCAAGAAGGAGGAGGCAGAGGAGCAGGAGGAGAGGUCCGGUUUUGACGACCUGAUGACGGCUGCGGAGAAAGAGAAACUCUACACGGCCAUCGGCUACAGCGGCAGCUCCCACAACCUGGCUCUGCCCAAACAGUACGUGUCGGUGGUUGUCUCCUUCCAGCUCUGCAGGACCUCUGUGACCAUCAGGGACCAGCACCAUGUCCCCGAAAUCCUGAAGAUCCAGAUAAUAGACCUGAGCACCAGGAUCUCCCAGAGACCAGGAGCACAGGCCCUCAGGGUGGAGGUGGCGCUGCAGCACUGGUUUGUUACCGGGUUACAGCAGCGGGGCCGAGCCUGGGGGGGACGGGGGGGGGCUUCGCCCUCCCUCAUCGCCUCCCUCGGGGACUCUUCUUCUUCUCUGCUCAGCGUGGUGUUCGAGCUGAACCCCGAGGAGGGGGGUGCCGACCAGCUGUUCCGUGUCCAGUCCCAGCCGGUGGAGCUGAUCUACGACGCGCUGACGGUGAACAGCCUGGCCGACUUCUUCCACACCGGGGGGGGGCUGGACCUGGACGUCCUGGCGUCGGCAACGCGCUCCAAACUAGAAGAGAUCAAAGAGAAAACCGCUGCAGGUCUGUCUCACAUCAUUGAGACCAGGAAGGUCCUGGACCUGAGGAUCGAUCUGAAACCGUCUUACCUGCUCAUCCCAAAGUCUGGUUUCUAUAGCGACACGUCGGAGCUCAUCGUCGUGGACUUUGGCAGCUUACAGUUGACCAGUGUGGAGCAGUGUGUAUCUUCCCCCUCGUCGUCUCUGGAGGAGAUCAUGGAUCGAGCCUACGAGAGAUUCAACGUGGAGUUACGACGAGUUCAGGUGCUCUACAGCAAAUCAGGUGGGGGGUGGAAGUCUGCUCGUCUUCAGGCUUCGUCCGUCCAACACAUCCUGCAGCCGAUGGACUUCACCCUGCAGCUGGCCAAAUGUAUGGUGGACAAGGACGCCCGCAUGCCCAGGUUCAAGGUGUCUGGGGAGCUGCCGCUGCUCUACGUCAAGAUCUCGGACCAGAAGAUCCACAGCGUUCUGGACCUGGUCCACAGCAUCCCCCUGCCCAACACGGGCCCCCCCUCCACCCCCACAGAGAAGGUGCGAUCAUUUCCAGGAGCCAGGCCCCGCCCCCUCAUCUUUAACCCUGCCCCCUUCCUCAACACCAUGGAAACAGACUCGGACGACGACGGCAGCGAGAAGUCUCCCGACAACGAGCUGCAGCGCUCGGAGCGCCACGACCUCACCGACCUUCACUUCAAGGUCGAGGUCAAAGAGGUGCUGCUGGAGCUGACCCGGCAGGAAGACCUGGAGAAGACUGUUCUGUCUCUCAGCGUCUGUCAGCUGGGAGCUGAAGGGAAGAGGCGGAGCUUCGACCUGAGCGUCGCCGCGUACCUGCGCAGAGUCACGCUAGACUACUGUGACGUCCCAGACGGGAAGAAUCGGCACCUGAUCAGCUGUUCGGAGCAGCAAGACUCCGACCUGCUGAAGGUGGACUACUUCAAGGCUGACCCCGGUGGACCGAGCUUCCAGACCUUGUUCAACAACACGGAGCAAACUCUGAAGGUUGAGUUCUCCUCUCUGGACUUCCUCCUCCACACCGAGUCUCUCCUGUCCACCAUUAGCUUCCUGAGCGGCGCCGUGCCGCCGCGGCUCGCUGCCGUGGGCGAGCGGGACGCCCGACGCCAGGUGGAGAAGGCGGAGCCAGGACGGACAGUGUGUACAGGAGCCCAAGAUGGCGGCGUGUCUGUUAAGGUCUUCGCCGUGUUGGGCUGUUUCCACGUGGAGGUGUGUGACCACGGCGGCAGCAUCGCUGACAUCAGAGUCCAAGGGAUCGACGCGUCGGUGUUGGUGCAAGCCAAGAAGACAGAGGUGUUCGCUCGUCUCCGGGACAUCGUGGUCACAGACGUCCACCCCACAACUGUCCACAGAAAGGCAGUGUCCAUCGUGGGCGAGGAGGUGUUCAGCUUCAACCUCUUGUUGUUUCCGGGGGCGACGCUGGGGGACGGUUACAGGGACACGUCGAGGACAGACGGAAAGCUGACGCUGCGUCUGGGCUGCAUCCAGAUCGUCUACCUGCACAAGUUCCUCAUGUCUCUGCUGGCGUCUUUUAGCUUUCAGUCUGCUGAUGAGGUGUUCGUGGAUAACUUCCAGGCUGCCAAAGCGGCGGUGAGCGCGGCGACGGCCCAGGCGGCGGAGAAGGCGGCGUCCAGCGUGCGCGGUCUGGCCCAGAAGAGCUUCCGUCUGUCCAUGGACGUCAGGCUGAAGGCUCCGCUCAUCAUCAUCCCCCAGUCCUCCAGCUCCCACAAUGCACUGGUGAUGGACCUGGGGCUCCUCACGGUGGCCAACAGCUUCUCUCUGCUCAGCGUGGACGGAUACCCGCUGCCCGCCGUCGUCGACCUGAUGGACGUGCGGCUCACGCAGCUCAAACUCUCCAGGACAACGCUGACGCCGCGGAGCUCCGCCCACCUCGACAUCCAGAUGCUGCAGCCAAUCAACUUGGAGCUUUCCGUCACCAGGAACCUGUCUACUUCCUGGUUCACCCGGAUCCCCGGAGUCCAGGUCCAGGGAGAGCUACGCUCCCUUAACAUGAGUCUGGGUGAGGAAGACCUCGCGGUGCUGAUGAAGAUCCUGGUGGAGAACAUUGGGGAGGGAAGCAGAGACAUUAGCAGGGAUGCCCCGGGACACCCCACACAAGAGAAGCAGCAGGUGGAGGUGUUACCUGGCCGAGAGUCGGCGUCUAACGAUAACGAGGCUCCGCCCGAAAACACAGUCAGCGUUCUGCUCAACUUUGAAAUCAAAGAGGUGCUGCUGACCCUGACGAAGCCCAGAGACCAGGUCCAGGUGCCGUUCCUGGUCUUCCAGGUGGCUCACUUGGGCAUCAACACGCAGGUGAAGCAGUACGACAUGGUCGCCACGACCUUCAUCAACAGGAUCGCCAUGAAGUGCCUGGAGUUCAAAGACUCGAGAGGCGAGCCGUUGUGUCUCGUCAGCUCGUCGGGGGAGGCCGGGGCCGAGCUGCUCAAAGUGCAGUACUACAAGGCCGACCGCUCGGCGCCCGACUUCUCGUCGGUCUACAACAACACGGAGCAGAUGAUCAACGUGAUGUUUAUGUCUCUCGACCUUCUCCUCCACACUGAGGCUCUGCUGUCAACCAUCAACUUCCUGUCGGCGGCGUUGUCGUCCAGCGGUGAGACGUCUCCGGAGAGAGACACCAGACCCAGGACAGAGAGGACGUCCAAAUCCACCACCAUGACAUCCCCUGCUAAGAGUGACUUCAUUGACCUGAAGGUGAUGAUGUCACUGGGAGCCUUCAACGUGCUUGUGUGUGACCAGAGCUGCAACAUGGCCGACAUCAAGAUCCAAGGGAUUCAUGGCUCUCUGCUGAUGCACGGAACCCAGACUCACAUCUCCGCGCGCCUCAGAGACUUCAUCGUUCUCAACGUCGACCCCAAAAGCAUCCACAAGAAGGCGAUCUCCAUCGUGGGGGACGAGGUGUUCAGCUUCUCCUUGAGUCUGACGCCCAACGCCACCGACGGCGCUGGCUACGCCGACACAUCUCGGUCCGACGGCCGGGUGAAGCUGAACGUGGGCUGCAUCCAGGUGGUCUACCUGCACAAGUUCCUCAUGUCUCUGCUGAACUUCGCCGACCACUUCCAGGCGGCCAAAGCGGCGGUGAGCGCGGCGACGGCCCAGGCGGCGGAGAAGGCGGCGUCCAGCGUGCGCGGUCUGGCCCAGAAGAGCUUCCGUCUGUCCAUGGACAUCAGGCUGAAGGCUCCGCUCAUCAUCAUCCCCCAGUCCUCCAGCUCCCACAAUGCACUGGUGAUGGACCUGGGGCUCCUCACGGUGGCCAACAGCUUCUCUCUGCUCAGCGUGGACGGAUACCCGCUGCCCGUUGCCGUCGACGACACGCACGUGCAGCUCACGCAGCUCAAACUCUCCAGGACCUGCCUGGACCUGGUCUCGGAGCGACCCGGGACCGAGCUGCUGGAACCAGUCAACCUGCAGCUGAACAUCAGGAGGAACCUCGCAGCUUCCUGGUACCACAAGAUGGUCGCCAUGGAGAUCAAUGGAGAUCUGAAGCCCAUGAAGGUGGAGCUGAGUCAGGAGGACCUGGCGGUGCUGCUGAGGAUCCUGACGGAGAACCUGGGCGAGGCCGGUGGUCUUGACCCCCCUGCCCCGAGACCGGACUCUGGUCUGCAGCUCCGUGUGGCCGGAGCCCCCCCUACAGGUGAGGGGGGCGACCCCCCUGGGACCAGUGAUGAAGACGAGGACAAAGCUCUGGUGACGAUGCAGUUUAACUUCAACAUCAAGUCUCUGGCUCUGGUUCUGUUCAGCAACACCCCCCAACAGCUUGCGGACCCCCAGCACCAGCAGAACCUGCGUCUGGGAGAGUUGGCGCUGCACCAGCUGAAAACCUCGGGGAAGAUCCUGAGGGACGGCAGCGUGGAGGUGACGGCCGUCCUCCACAGUUGCACCCUGGAGGACCUGAGGACGGGCCUGGACCGGGUCACCUCACGGAUGGUGGGUCGGCGAGACGAGGACUCCCCCGAGGCGAUGAUGGACGUGACGUACCGGCAGAACGCCACCCAGCGGGACGUGGUGGCUAUCCUGCAGAGACUCUACCUCUGUGCCAGUGUGGAGUUCCUUAUGGCCGUGGCCGACUUCUUCCUGCAGGCUCUGCCGCAGAGCCAGACCGCCACCGCCGGCAGACUGAGACAGAACGCCAACGCCGGCUUGGCAGAGAGCGACAGACUUCCGCUGAGACAGACCACCGAGCCCCGAGCCGAUGCCAAGCCCGUGUCGGCGGUGCGGACCCGUCUGCGGGCGGUGGUUCUGGACCCGGAGGUGGUGUUCGUGGCGAGCCUGAUGAAGGCCGACGCCCCCGCCCUCACCGCCUCCUUCCAGUGUGACGUGUCGCUGCAGAGCGAGCCGGACGGCAGUCGGAGCCUGAGGGCCGACCUGCGGGAGGUGAAGGUGCUGGCCUGCCGCUUCCUCCGGGACCAGGACGACCACGCUGUCACCACCGUGUUGAGACCCUGCUCGGUCACCAUGGAGACCAGAUCCCACCCUAACCAACCCCUGAGCGGCUGUGUGACGGUAGAGGAAGUCAUCGUCAAGAUCUCUCCCUUCAUCCUCAACACCGUGAUGACGAUAACGGCCGCCAUGACGGCGAAGCAGCGUGCCGAGCAGAGGAAGGAGCCGCAGGCGGACGUCAGCGACCUCUGGUCCGUCAUGAACAUCUACUGCUGCAACUAUUGGUUCCUGGGGGUGGACCCGGCCACCGAGGUCACCGAGACCUUCAGGGACCCGGACGGGCGCAGCGAGGGUGAGACGUUCACCGCCGAGGUCAAGGUGGUCCAGGUGACUCUGGAAUCUGGUUUUGGUCACCGGACGGUCCCCCUGCUGCUCGCUGAGUCCACCUUCAGAGGAUCGGCCCAGAACUGGUCCUCCCUGCUGCAACUCAGAGCCGACAUGUCGCUGGAGACCCUGACCCUGCUCUACCCCAAACCCAACCCUGACCCUGCUCCACCCUAA